AAAAUUUUAUCUUUAAAAAAAAAACAAUUUUGAUUAAUUCCCAAAUUGGAUUUUUGUCUGAAUAUAUACAAUCAAUUGUUGUGAUUCUCCAAUAUGAACAGCACCGCCACCUCUUCCACCACCCACCACCAGUUCCAAAAACCAAAUAUAGAACACAAAGCUAUAAACUUUCUUCUUCUAAUUUACCGACCUUUUCAAAGAUCUUUGCUUUGAUUCAUCUUUGCUGCACCCUUUUUUUUUUUUUUGUUUUCAAGCAAAUUACCCUACUUUUUUUGUUGCAGAAUGAGAUUAUCGUCUUUGUGAUUGGAUAAUUGCAUAUCAAAUCGAGAACAAGCCCAUCAUGUCUGAGGGUGUUGUUUGAAAUGAUGAUGGUUUGCAGCCUAGAUUUCAAAAAACCGUAUGCCGCGUGGAAGACCUCCUAUAAUGGAUCUGAAAACAGCUUAUGAUGUUGAACUCAGUGGAUCUAGAAUUCAGCAUGAACUAUGGCCAUUAGAUGAAAUUGAUCCGAGGAAAGCAAAGUUUCCUUGCUGUCUGGUUUGGACCCCACUCCCAGUUGUCUCAUGGUUGGCACCUUUCAUUGGCCAUGUUGGCAUUUGCCGAGAAGCUGGCGCGAUUUUGGACUUUUCAGGAUCAUAUUUUGUGAAUGUCGAGGAUUUUGCUUUUGGUGCUGCAGCUCGAUACGUUCAACUCGAUAGAGAAAAGUGCUGCUUUCCUCCCAACCUGGCAGGUCACAAAUGCAAGCACGGGUAUCAGCAUGAAGAGUUUGGGACUGCACUCACAUGGGAUGAUGCCUUGCAGUUGAGCAUGCGUCACUUUGAGCACAAGAGCUACAACCUCUUCACAUGCAACUCUUACUCAUUUGUAGCCAAUUGUCUCAACCGGCUCUGCUACGAAGGAUCAAUGGAUUGGAACAUGAUAACUGUGGCAGCUCUAAUACUGUUCAAGGGGCAGUGGGUCAAUAGCAUGUCGGUAAUAAGAUCAUUCCUCCCUUUCACAGUGGUGCUAUGCCUCGGGUUACUACUCGUCGGAUGGCCAUUCUUGGUUGGACUUUUCUCGUUCUCUCUCCUACUCUUUGGGUGGUUUCUGUUGGGUACUUACUGUGUCAAAACCUUGUUGGAAAGCUAGAGUUACUCUCUUCUUUUUUUUCAUUGAAGUUGAAUUUUUGUUAGUUGAAAGAUGCAUGGAUUGUUGGUACAGGUUGGUGUGUUCUUUCAAAACCCUAGGUUGUCAAUACCGGACAGACAUCGGCCGAAGAUUCUACCCGAACCGGCUGAUUGUCGAAAGAUAUAAAGUUGUCCCUCCCUCAUGAAACUGAAUUGUAGAUUUGCUUCAUUAAAGGGAAAUAGAACUUUUUAUUACAA